AUGUCCACCACCAGCAGCAUGGAAGAAUCCAUGAAAGACCUCCUCGACCGUGGCGAAGUCAAGCCCUCCUGGCGCGACAAACAAUUCGUGCAUUUCCUCGACCUCAAAGAAGCGUACGGCCGCGAGUUCCUCGCCCGCGUCAAAGAACACACCGAGUCGACCGGCUUCAGCUGGGCUGACCUCGCCAAGUUCGAGAACGAGAGACGUACCUGUGCCAAGAUGUUUGUCGAUAAGUUUGGCAUGACCUACUGGGGAACAUCUGAAAAUCGACAGAAGUAUCUCCAGGAAGAGUGUCUGGCUGAUCCGGACACGCUUUGUAAAUAUCCUGAGCGACGGGAUGAGAUUGUUCGGACGAUCAUGGUACUGUUGGAACGGAAAGCGAAGGUGUAUUCGAGGAUGAGUACAGAGAAACCGAAGCCCCUCAUCGCCAAACCAACCAUCACCAGCAGCAAUGCCACCACUGCCCCCAUCACAACUCCCACCCCCCGAGCAAGCACCCAACCAACCGCAACAUCCAGCACCCCCCAGAAAUGUCCUACCUCCAACCCCAACCUCAAUUCCAAAUCCAAACGCAAACAGUCCACCGUCCUGCCCAAAGAAACCGACGAAGACUACACCGAGCUUCAAUCCUCAUCUGAAAAGCCCAUUUACAAGCUCCCUCGAACUCGAGCCAUCUCCAACGCCAUCCGACCCUUCAAAUCCUUCCUGACCGAAACAGAAUCCGAAGCCGAACUUGAACCAACCUUCAAGAAGACCCAGAAACCCUCCCAGUCCAAGAAAAAGCUAAAUCCUCAUCACCACCAACAGCAGCAGCAGAAUCCCAUUCAUCACACCAACCCAUCUACAGAGGAAACUCCCAGACCCCCCAAAGUCAAGAAAUCCUCCCUCCUCGCUCCCCCUCCCCCUCCUCCUAUGGGCACACUCAUCCACAAGAACACUCCCUCCUCCUCCACCACCACCCCUACACCCUCCAACACAAAAACCAUGACAGCAUCCUCAGCAAACUACGCCCCCACCACCACCUUCCUCACUACCGCCACCAACCAACCGGGCAUGGCCCCCGUCUGGAUCCCCUACGAGGAAUUCACCUCCACAGCCGCAUUCCUCGACUACAUGGCCGACCAAUGCAACCUCGUGGAAUGGAACCCGACAGCGCAAUUAAGCCGCGAGGAUACGGGGUUAUUUGCAUCCAGCUCGCCCGCUAACUCGGUGAUCGCGGCGUCGGUGAGAUUCGAUUGGUCCGAUUUCGAAAUCCGGGUCCGUCAGGGCCAUAAUGAGGAUUGGGUGAUUGUGCAGAGGGAGUUGGUGAGGGCUUGGAGGGGUGAAGCGGCUGCUGUUGCUGCUGUUGCUGCUGGUGAGGGGGAGAUGGAGGCGAGGGAAUUUAGAAUUAGGGUGUUACUUCAUGUGCUUGGUUAA